CAUGCUAUACGUUAUAUAACAAUCUGUCACUCCUAAUCGCUAAAUCCCAUGAAAUCUUAUACGUCUAGUCUCUUACGUGAAUGAGCGAAAUAAUAUUUGAUAUUUUACGGUAAUGCGUUAAUAAUUUCACACAUACCGUAUUUUUCGGACUUUAAGUCUCAGUUUUUUUCAUAGUAGGGUGCGACUUAUACUCAGGAGCGACUUAUGUGUGUACGUAUGUACGUAAAGUAUCAAAUAAUAUUAUUUAGCUCAUUCACGUAAGAGACUAGACGUAUAAGAUUUCAUGGGAUUUAGCAAUUAGGAGUGACAGAUUGUUUGGUAAACGUAUAGCAUGUUCUAUAUGUUAUAGUUAUUUGAAUGACUCUUACCAUAAUGUGUUACGUUAACAUACCAGGCACGUUCUCAGUUGGUUAUUUAUGCCUCAUAUAACGUACACUUAUUCAGCCUGUUGUUCACUAUUCUUUAUUUAUUUUAAAUUGCCUUUCAAAUGUCUAUUCUUGGUGUUGGGUUUUAUCAAAUACAUUUCCCCCAAAAAUGCGACUUAUACUCCAGUGCGACUUAUAUGUUUUUUUCCUCCUUUAUUAUGCAUUUUCGGCCGGAGCGACUUAUACUCCGAAAAAUACGGUGAGUCGCUCCUGAGUAUAAGUUGCACCCCCGGCCAAACUAUGAAAAAAAACUGCGACUUAUAGUCCGAAAAAUACGAUAUAUAGAAGAUGAACACAUUUUCAUCACUGCUACCAUGCACGGAAACAAACAGCUGGAAGGAGUCUUCUUAGUCUACACUACUUCUUUCUAUUAUUUCCAUGAGAAUCUUGUUUUAUACCUCGGUUACACGGUUUUGUUUUUCAUUUCAUUUCGCAAUCAACUAUCAAAGCUGGCAAAGUGCUGCUUUGUACAUGAAAGCAUAAUGUAUUUUCAGCUAUUUUAUAUAUCCGAUUGACUUGUAUUGGAUGGGUUAUGCCAGUGCUCUCAUCUAGCCUCAUGAUCUGGCAUGAUAAUGACAUUAAUCCUGUGACUGAAUAAUUUUAGCUCCCUCAUAUUAUUGUUGUUGUUGCACACAUUUGUGCUUUGAAGAAUAAAAAUGUUCAAAUGAAUAUUUUUUGUUUUUUCUCCCUGAUUUAAAAGUUGUUUUUUUUAAACCCAACAUUACUUGUUACUAACGUGUUUCUAUAUUUAGUGCUUCCUACUUUCCAUGACACAUUCUUUGUUUGUCUUUUGUCCAAAUAUGGUGUUAAAGUGGAAUGGCAAAAGUAUAUAACAAAGGAAUAACUAUUGCGGGAGCAAAUUGUCUUUUAAUGACGCAGAAAUGAGGGUUGAAGUUAUUUUUCAUCCACCCAACUUUUUGUCAUAUUUGCUGUUUCCGAGCUAGGAAAGAGUGUCGAGUUGAACAACAUAUCCACGGGCUAUUCAGGAAGCAGGCACAAUUAAAGCAUGCGUAUUCAUUUCUGUUUGCUUUCAGGUGGAACUUAAAAGCUGGAAAAACAACAAAAAUUACAUUUUUCGGUGCCACCUUAAAAAUAUCUGUGCCCUUUUUAGCUUUAAAAACUAAAUUGUGCGCCUUUUUGUCAAUUGCGCUCUUAUUGUGGAAUACCCCACCGGAUGUGAGUGUUAUGUCUCAUGCGGGGGAUGUUCUUGCUGAUGGUCAGCAACUCUGUCCUGGGUUGGGUUUUUCUCAUAUUGAAAGAAAAAAAAAAGAGAGUUGGAAGCAUGACGAGACAAAGACACCAAGUGAACAUUUGACAAAUUAUGAUUUAGACACGUUUGUAACGCACCAUGGCGAUAAGGGAGCUCAAAGUUUGCCUUUUGGGGGACACAGGAGUCGGCAAGUCCAGCAUUGUCUGUCGCUUUGUGCAGGACCACUUUGACCACAACAUCAGCCCCACCAUAGGAGCGUCGUUCCUGACCAAGACAGUGCCGAGUGGAAAUGAACUACAUAAAUUCCUCAUCUGGGACACGGCGGGACAGGAGAGGUUCCACUCGUUAGCACCUAUGUACUACAGAGGAUCGGCGGCGGCUGUCAUUGUGUAUGACAUCACUAAGCUGGACUCGUUCCAGACACUGAAGAAGUGGGUGAAGGAACUGAAGGAGCACGGGCCUGAGGACAUUGUUGUCGCCAUAGCAGGGAACAAGAACGAUUUAGGAGACAUCAGGGAAGUACCCAUGAAGGAGGCCAAGGAGUUUGCCGAAUCAAUCGCUGCCAUCUUCAUCGAGACGAGCGCCAGGAACGCUGUCAACGUGGAGGAGCUCUUCCAGAAAAUCAGCAAACAGAUUCCGCCGCUGGAAAACCCCGACAUGGAGAUCAACGAGUCUUUCAAACUGACCCGGCAGCCCGCUCUGUCCAGCAGAAAGUGUUGCUAGUAGUGGUGCGGUGAACAAAAACUUCCAGUUUCAGUAUUUCUCAAAUGCCGUCCUCUGGUGGCGUGAGGCUGAAUUGCAACCCCAGUCUGUACGGUAAAGUCCAGAGCUUAUUAUGUAGAAAGGAAAAAGUGGUAGAAAAUGGAUAGAUGGAUGGAAUUCUUACACCACUUUUCCCUUCCCUCAAAGCACAGUGGCUCUUAAACGGUAGCAGUUUUCAUCCUAAUUCCACUUUUAUUUGUACAGAAUGUAGCACAGGUGCAGCCUUUUAUUCCACUAAUUUGCUGUUUUUAAGGGUUUUAUCAACUGCAAUGCUGCUCACAAUAACUGUCAUGGUGGUUACAGUAUAGCGCCCCCCUGCUAAAACACUGUAAGCCUUCACCUAAUAGAAUUGUUUACAUUGACUCAUUUGCCUUGUGUUUUCACCACAGGGACGAUGUGCGUCUUUCCAUGUGUUGUUACCCAACAAGUGUUCUGCAUUCUACUUUUUUUGUACGAUUAAGCAUGUAGAAAGUGUUUUAGUGUCAUAAAACAGGGGUGUCGAACGUGCGGCCCGAGGGCUGGAUCAGGCCCGCAAACAGGUGUUAUCCGGCCCGCGGGAUUUGAUUUGAUUUGAUUUUUAUUAAGGAUCUCCAUUAGCUGGUUGCCACAACAACCCACUAGUCUUCCUGGGGUCCACAAACUCAAUACAAUUACAAGUAAAACAUAUAAUUAUAACAGAAAAAAAUAAAAGCAUCAAUAAAAAAAUAAUAAUAAUCACCAUACAAAUAUAACUACACAAUACAAAACCUAACAAAAAUCAUCAAUAAGCAAACUAAUUUACAGACUCGGAUAAGUUUGCUAAAUAUAAAAAUGAACCUGAAUUUUUUUUAAUGAAAGAACCAGCUGUUCUCAAUGUGUCCACUGGAUGUCGCAAUAGCAAUUCUUUGUAUCUUUGUAGAUUAUGCUACAUAUGUACAAAAAUCAAACUACAUAAAUAACAUCCUUUAAUUUGAUUUUGAUAUAAUUUUAUCUUGAUUAGAGAUGUCCGAUAAUAUCGAAAUAAAUGCUUCAAAAUGUGAUAUCGGAAAUUAACGAUAUCUGUUUCAAAAAGUAAAAUUUAUGACUUUUUAAAACGCCGCUGUGUACACGGACGUAGGGAGAAGUACAGAGCGCCAAUAAACCUUAAAGACACUUCCUUUGCAUGCCGGCCCAGUCACAUAAUAUCUACGGCUUUUCACACACACACAAGUGAAUGCCAAGCAUACUUGGUCAACAGCCAUACAGGUCACACUGAGGGUGGCCGUAUAAACAACUUUAACACUGUUACAAAUAUGCGCCACACUGUGAACCCACACCAAACAAGAAUGACAAACACAUUUCGGGAGAACAUCCACACCGUAACACAACAUAAACACAACAGAACAAAUACCCAGAACCCCUCGCAGCACUAACUCUUCUUGGACGCUACAAUAUACCCCUCCCCCGCUACCUCCUACACCCCCACCUCAAUCUCCUCAUGCUCUCUCAGGGAGAGCAUGUCCCAAAUUCCAAGCUUCUGUUUUGAGGCAUGUUAAAAAAAAAUAAUGCACUUUGUGACUUCAAUGAUAAAUAUGGCAGUGCCAUGUUGGCAUUUUUUUCCAUAACUUGAGUUGAUUUAUUUUUGGAAAACCUUGUUACAUUGUUUAAUGCAUCCAGAAAAAAAUUAGGCAUAAUAAUGUGUUAAUUCCACGACUGUAUAUAUCGGUAUCAGUUGAUAUCGGAAUCGGUAAUUGAGAGUUGGACAAAUCGGAUAUCGGCAAAAAAGCCAUUAUCGGACAUCUCUUAUCUUGAUAGAUUGAAAAUGAACACCAAUGAGUUGACUGAUUAACAUUAUCACAUAAUUUAUUCAGAAAGUAUAAAUAACGACAAAUAAAGCAUAUGUACUAUUAACCGCAACAGGUAAUUGUAAGCAAAAACAAAAAAACAACAACAUUAUGCUCUGCAAAAACUGAAAUCUAAGUAAGAUUAAAUAUCUCAAAUAAGGAUGAUAUUUGCUUAUUUUCUGUCUGAUAAGAUCAUUCUUCUCACUAAGCAGAUUUUAUGUUGGAGUGUUUUACUUGUUUUAAGUGUUUUGGUCCUAAAUAAUCUUAGUAAGAUAUUACAGCUUGUUGCUGAGAUUUGAUGACCUAUAUUGAGUAAAACAUGCUUGAAACUAGAAUAUCAACUGUGUCAUCAACACUCACAAGUAUAAAACUACUUUUUUAAAGUAAUAAUUUCUUACUUCAAGCAUGAAAAAAAUAUCAUGAUGCCGAGCGCAUAUCAUUAUGUCAAGAUAAUGGCACUAGCAUUUACUUCAUUUAAGAAUAUUUUUCCACAUUUUUUUUUUCUACCAAGAAAAGUGCACUUGUUAUUAGUGAGAAUAUACUUAUUUUAAGGUAUUUUUGGGUUCAUUGAGGUUAGCUAAUUUGACUUGUUUUGGAAAGUCUUGACAAGCCGAAUUUUCUUGUUCUAUUGGCAGAUAAUUUUGCUUAGUUCAAAUAAAAUACCCCUCAUUUUUGUAUAUUUUUUUUCUUGUUUUUGAACACUGACUUUUUGCAGUGUGAUUUGUACAAUUUCAGAAUGAGCUUGUUCUAUUUUUAAACAAAGAAAACAAUCUGAAGUUGUCUUCGUUUUUAAGUUAUCGUGCCGUGAUUUUACCAGUCCGGUCCAUUUGGGAGUAGAUUCUUCUCCCAUGUGGCCCCCCCGAUCUAAAAUGAGUUUGACAUCCCUGUUGUAAACUAACGUGUUACUGUAUAUAUGAGGGAGGUUUUUGCAGCAAUCCUGCGUCCUCUGGCCACAUUUGAUCACGCUCUUAUCUCAUAGAUGCUGAAACUAAUUGAUCUUACAAGGGGAUACCACCAGGCAGGCAGGUGGGCACCAAUCAGGUGGGAGCGGAGCUGCACGUAACCUGGUAAAGGACUAAAUGACUUUACAUUCAUCGCUAUACAAAAGUGCCUUUUUUUCUGUCAAGAAUCAUGCAUGCUGUUCUUGUAUCCUGUGUAACUUCUUUAUGUAAUUAAUCAAUGUAAUAAAAUUGUGAUUAUUC